CUUUACCUCUUCUCCAAGAAUAGCGCCAACGUGGACCUUGUACUCAAGAAGACCAUCUCCGGCGGGGCCAUGGUGAACGACACCAUCAUGCACUUCACCGUCCACUCCCUCCCGUUCGGUGGCGUGGGCGACAGCGGCAUUGGCGCCUACCACGGCCAGGCGUCGUUCGACGUCUUCUCGCACCACAAGAGCGUACUCAACAAGACGACCAAGUUCGACCUCUCGGUCAGGUACCCGCCGUACAGCGACAACAAGCUCUCCUUCAUCCAGAUGCUGGCUUGA